AUGAGGCUAAUUCCUAUCCUGCUCCUCUGCUCUGGGCUCCUGCCAUGUUUAGCGCAGGAAGAAGAUGCCCAGGAACUUGACUGCAAUGAUGAGACUGUGUUUCAGGCUGUGGAUGCCGCUCUGAAGAAGUACAACGCUGGGUUACAAAGCGGCAACCAGUUUGUGUUGUACCGAGUGACCGAGGGCACUAAAACGGGUGGCUCUGAAACAUUUUAUUCCUUCAAGUAUCAAAUCAAGGAGGGCAACUGCUCGGUUCAGAGUGGCAUCUCCUGGCAGGACUGCGACUUGAAGAACGCUCAGGAAGCCGCCACUGGAGAAUGCACAGCAACUGUGGGGAAGAGAGAAAAUAAAUUCUCCAUAACCAACCAGACCUGCAAGAUUACUCCAGGUAAGAACCCCAUGGUGACAGACGACUUGCCCUGUUUGGGUUGUAUGGACCCCAUAUCGACAGAUAGUCCAGACCUGGAGCCUGUUCUGAAACAUGCCAUCGAACAUUUCAACAACAACACAGAUCAUAGCCACCUCUUUGCUCUCAGAGAAGUGAAAAGUGCCAACAGACAGGUGGUGGCUGGCAUGAAUUUUGACAUCAUCUAUUCAAUCGUGCAAACAAAUUGUUCAAAGGACCGUUUUCCUUCCCUCCAUGAAUACUGCGUGUCCCUUCCUAAUGGUGAUAAUGGUGAGUGCAGAGGUAGUGCCUUCGUGGAUAUCAGUGACCAAAUUGCAGACUUCUCACAGAGCUGUGACCUUUAUCCAGGACAUCCUAUGUCAGAACUGCUUUCCAAGAAUUGCCCUGGCUGCCCCAAGGACAUAGCUGUAGACAGCCCAGAGCUGAAGGAUGCACUUGGUCAUUCCAUUGCACAGCUAAAUGCAGAGAAUAGCCAUCCUUUCUAUUUCAAGAUUGACAUCGUGAAAAAAGCAACAUCACAGGUGGUAGCUGGAAUCAAAUAUGUUAUUGAGUUCAGAGCCAGAGAAACCAAAUGUUCCAAGGAAAGUAACACAGAGCUGACAGCUGAUUGUGAGAUCAACCGAGUUGGUCAAGGUCUCAACUGCCAUGCUAACGUGUACAUGAGACCUUGGGAGAACAAAGUCUUCCCGACUGUCAAAUGCCAAGCAUUAGAAAUGACUACAAUGAUGACAAUGCCUCCCGGCUUUGCACCUUUCCGGACAAUUCGAGUACAAGAAACAAAAGAAGGAACAACUGACUCAGAUUUCAUUGAAGGUGUGGUAGCUACCACAUCGCCAUAUGACACUGAGAUCCAUGAUAAUUUGAUCCCUCCUAUCCAUGUCAUUUCAUUUAAGCUGAUAUCUGAUUUUCCAGAAACAACUUCCCAAAAAUGUCCUGGGCGCCCAUGGAAGCCAGUUAGUUGGAAGGAUCCAAACACAGAAACAACAGAGUUUUCUGAUUUUGAUCUCCUUGAGGCUCUUUCUUAA